UAGGUGGCGAUAAAAACACGUGGAAUCAUCACAGCGUUAAUAAACCAUACAAGACUAAGUUUAAGUCCCUAAAUCGGUAGUUUUACUAUGUUGAGUGAUAAUAAAGAAAAUGAAACACAGUCCAUUCGAACAUUAUCUGCUGAACUGAGCAAUCUUUCUCGACCAGAUGGAUCGGCUAUUGUAGCUCAAGGUGACACAGUUGUGCAGUCAGCUGUAUAUGGACCAGUUGAAGUUCGUCCAAAUAAAGAAUUACCAGACAAAGCAUAUUUUGACAUUGUUUAUAAACCACUAACAGGUUUGCCAGGUUGUCCAGAGAAGCUUCGGGAGCGAGUUAUUCGAAACACACUAGAGGCAACAUUAUUGGUUAAUCUUCAUCCACGGAAAUCUAUAAAUCUUAUUUUACAAGAAAUGCAGAAUGAUGGAGGACUUCUAGCAUGCUGUAUCAACAGUGCCUGUAUGGCUUUGAUGGAUGCAGGUUUAGCGAUGAAGUGUUUAGUAGCUGCUCUAAAUGCUGUUAUUACAACAGAGGGAGACGUUCUACUUGAUCCAAGUCUAAAACAGGAAGAGGAAGCUAAAGCGUGUUUCACUUUUGCUUUCGAAAGCAUUAAUCAUGAGGUUAUAACAUCCAACACCCAAGGAAGUUAUAGUGAAACUGAAUUUAAGAAAUGUCUUGAGAUCUGCCGCUCAGCCUCGAUGAAGGUGUUUGAUUUUUACAGAGAAUGUGUUCAGAGACGAUUUAGCAAGGAAAUUGACAGAUAAUAGAUAACACCUGUCCAAUGAGCAUGGACAUUGUUAGUGAAUUGCUUCAUCUUUCCUAGAAGUUGGAGUGACAAGCAGAGUUUCCACUGUACAUCACUUAACAUCAGAUAUCAAGAAUGUAAAAUCUAAAAUUUGUAUUGAGUCAUUUUAUGUUGUGCAUACAGUCAUAUGAAAAAUAAAUAAAUUAUAUAUACAAAAUAAAGAAAAAAGUUGCACAUUGUUUUG